UCUUGAAGAAUGAGCCGCGGCUGACAUGCACUGGCUGUAGAUUUACCGCUGCUUAAAUGUGUGAGGUGUAACUGUCCAAUAAAAUGUCUCAACCCUAACUACAUUUCAAAUAUGAAUUAUACAAAUGUCAUACCUCGCAAGAGAAAUACUUUAGACAGGGGAAACUAACUAAAUCUAAAAGUCUUAUAUAGUUAAUAAGAAUAUUACUUAUAUGAUGCAGCAGAAAUCUGAAUCUGAUAAUAUACAACUGGACUUGCAAAGAGAUGGUAGACAAUUUCAUGUUUUAGUUGGUUUGACCGGCAGUGUAGCUGCACUAAAGGCGCCUUUGUUGGUAACUCAACUACUUGAGAUUCCAGGGGUUGAUGUCCGUGUGGUCACCACGGACCACGCCACUCAUUUUUACGAUAUCAAUGAAGUCCCUGUCCGUGUGUACACAGAUAAGGAUGAGUGGGAGAUGUGGACAAAUCGCUCUGACCCUGUGCUACAUAUCGAACUUAGACGCUGGGCAGAUCUUCUAGUAAUUGCUCCACUGGAUGCCAACACACUUGGUAAAAUUGCCAGCGGAAUAUGUGACAACCUCCUGACAUGUGUGGUGCGUGCCUGGGACACCAGCCGUCCUCUGCUCUUCUGUCCUGCUAUGAACACAGCCAUGUGGCAGCACCCUAUCACCGCGCAGCAAGUGGCCACACUUAAAAGCUUUGGCUACAUUGAGAUACCAUGCAUUGCCAAAAAACUAGUCUGUGGAGAUGAAGGUAAAGGCGCCAUGGCAGAGGUUUCAACUAUUGUAGAAAAUGUCAAACAAUACAGUCCAGAAACAUCCCCAAAGACCUCGGACUAAACAUAUCAGUGAUGAAGAGAUUAUUUAUGGAAGCCCUUUUCCUAAUAAAAAUAUAUAAAAAAAAAAAAAAUAUUCCCAGAAUGAAAAAUAAGAUGUCUAUCUUUAUAUGUUACACUUCUGACUUUUUUAAAAUCUUGUUGAUUAAAUAUAAACCCAAGAAAUUCUAAUAAAAAGGCCAUAGCAGUCUUAACUGUU